CAGCGGUUGCUUCCAGCUCAGCAUCCACAGAGGAGCCAUCAGAUGCUGAUUUGCUUGCUGCAGCUUCACACAUGGAUGUUGCGGCUUUCGGAUGAUGGUUUUGGAAACAGUAAGCUGAUGGGAGCCAGUCGGUGAGUCAGCCAGAAGCCCUGCCCACCUCUGAGAGAGCUACGCCAAAAAAGCAGCCAGCAGCCACUGAAGAACUGCUGCUGCCUGAAGGUUGGAAGCAGACUCUCCCAAAAGAGCAGCACUUGUGGGUCAGCAAGGCUUUCUUUACCAGAGACAAGUCUGGGAAGUUGGCGCUGAACAAAAAUCUGCGUCUGUGGUGGUCUCCCCCUGGACCCCGUCCUCUGUACUCUCAGCCUCCUUCUAAACCUGACGCCUUCUUCCACAGCAGGCUGUUCCUCUGGGUUCCCUACCGCAUGUGGGCAAACAAGCUGCUGUGCUCCCAGCCCAACUGCCGUCGUUUUGGGAUCCAGCUAACAGCUUGCGGCAUGUAUAAGACUGUCCGGAGGGUCUUGGACUUAAACAGUUGGUACUUCAUGGUGACUGAGUAUCUUGAAUGCCGGUCCUGCAAAAAGAAGCUUGCAGCCUGGUCGCGAGACAUCCUGGACCAGUUGGAUCCCAGCCACCGUGAACAGUUUCCUGCAGUCCUAACCUACAGGUUGUCCUGUGAUAGGAAGGUUGUGAGAUUGUUGCGGGGGCGCACGCUGGGGAACAGUGCCACAGCUCUGUACAGGCACCUGUGCCUCAGGCAUAAAGAACAUUAUCUGGGCCAGUCAACACUGUACCUGUCUGUGCUGAGGAAUUUUGUUACCCAGAACACUGAUCCCAGCAGUCUCAUUGCCGCGCUGCCACAGAUGGUGCCUGUCCCUAGUCCAUCUUGGCUGCUCUCAGUGUACGCCAGAGAAGUACUGACACGGCUUCCUGAACUCAAGGCCCGUGUCACCUCUGUUUAUGGCUCCAUUUUAAAGAUGGAUUCCACCAAAAAGGUCACCAAGAAGCUAGCUGGCCAUGCUGCUGGAACUGCUGCUUGGGUGACAGAUGUGGGGAACGAAAUUGGACAAGUCCUCAUGUGUGUCCUCACAGAAGGAGAGGGAAAGGGCCUGCUUCCCAUGUGUUCCGGACUUGUAGAUCGCUACCGCCAAGCUGGAGAAGCUCCUCCGCAAGUCCUUUAUGUGGACCGGGACUGCUGCAGCGCAGGAGAUAAAGGCAAGGCGGCAGCAAUGUUUAGCGAGUGGGACCAGCUGGUGGUCAGGCUGGAUGUGUGGCAUUUUAUGCGGCGAAUCGCAGUCGGGGUCACCACGGACAGCCACCCGCUGUAUGCCCCCUUCAUUGGGACGCCUCUCGCCCUGCAUCUUCGAGUGGGAUGCUGGUGAUGUUGAGAGGUUGAAGGAGGCCUGC